GCCUUGAAUCUCCAAAUGCCCUGCAUCUGCAAUUCUACUCGUUUUCUCUUCCGACGAAAACUCACCGUUGCCGCUUCAUCUGCGUCUCAGCGUCUGCAAAAGCACUUCUCCGCCGAUUCCUUGCAGACCCUUUUGCCACGGUCGCGGAUUUCUCUGUUUUCGCCGUCUAUCAAGGUCGAGUUUUCAAGCCCGGUUGCAUCUACUUUGCUGUUGAAUCGUACAAUGGCUGGCCAGUCCGAGAGUAAAUCAAUCCAUGAUUUCACUGUCAAGGAUGCCAAGGGUAAUGAUGUUGAUCUCAGCACCUACAAAGGGAAGGUCCUUCUGAUCGUUAACGUUGCGUCGCAAUGUGGCUUGACUAAUGCAAACUACACAGAGUUGGCUCAGUUAUAUGAGAAAUACAAAACUCAAGGUUUGGAAAUCUUGGCAUUCCCAUGCAACCAGUUUGGAGCUCAGGAGCCAGGGACAAAUGACGAGAUAGUCGAGUUUGCCUGCACUCGCUUCAAGGCUGAGUAUCCCAUCUUUGACAAGGUGGAUGUGAAUGGCAACAAUGCCGCUCCGAUUUACAAAUUCUUGAAGUCUAGCAAGGGUGGACUGUUUGGUGACAGCAUCAAGUGGAACUUCUCCAAGUUCCUGGUUGACAAAGAAGGGAAAGUCGUUGACCGUUAUGCCCCUACAACUUCUCCUCUUAGCAUUGAGAAGGACGUGAAGAAACUGCUGGGGGUCGCAUGAACGGGCAGCUCUAUAUGAAGAAAUGAGAGGAGAGUAAAUUAAUAGUGGAAUAAAAGGCACUUACUGUAAUAAGAUGCAUCUAUUUGUAUUAUUGGGCAUCUUGUAAGGGUUGCGUUCUGUUGA